AUGACAACAACCACAGUGCUACUCUUAACCUUGCUUCUGAUAUUGCUCUCUAGUGCAAUCUCAGAGCUAUGCAACCCACAAGAUAAGAAAGUGCUACUCCAAAUCAAGAAAGACCUCAACAACCCUUACCUUCUAGCAUCAUGGAACCCAGACACAGACUGUUGCGACUGGUACACCAUCGAGUGCGACCUCAAAACGCACCGCAUCAUCUCCCUCACUAUUUUUGAUUCUCCCGUAUACACCAAUUUCUCGGCCCAAAUCCCUCCCUCUGUGGGCCUUCUUCCAUACCUCGAGACUCUCGAGUUUCACAAACUUCCAAACCUCACGGGCCCGCUCCAGCCCGCCAUUGCUAAACUCACCAACCUCAAGAACCUCCGUAUCAGUAACACCAACUUGUCAGGCUCGAUUCCUUCCUUUCUAUCCCAACUCCCAAACCUCACGUUUUUGGAUCUUUCCUUCAACAACCUCACCGGUUCAAUCCCCGGUUCACUCUCACAACUUCCCAAACUCUUCUCACUCCAGUUAGACCGUAACCAUCUAACCGGUUCGAUCCCUUCCUCGUUCGGUUCUUUUAAGUCCAUAGCUGGUAUCGACCUCUCCCAUAACAACCUCACUGGUCCCAUUCCACCUUCGUUUGUGAACCUCACCUCUACCACCUCGCUAGUCUUGUCGCGAAACAAGCUUGAAGGAGACGCGUCUGUGAUUUUCGGGGCGAACAAGUCUUUCCAAAUUGUGGACCUAUCGAGAAACAACCUGUCGUUCGAUCUGUCGAAGGUGGAGUUUUCCACGAGCUUGACGUCGUUGGAUCUUAAUCAUAAUAAGGUGUUUGGGAAGCUUCCUCAGGGGUUGACUGCACUGAAUCUGCAGUACCUGAAUGUGAGUUACAAUAGGUUGUGCGGCCAGAUUCCGGUGGGUGGAAAAUUGCAGAGUUUUGAUAUUUAUGAAUAUUUUCAUAAUAAGUGUUUGUGUGGUUCUCCUCUUCCCGAGUGUACUUGA